AUGCCCGCUUUCCGUCACACUCCCCAGAUGGUCCAUGACGGCCUCCACUUCAACCUCCGCGUCUCCUACGAUCCCUCUACCCGCCAAUCUACACGUACAUGGGUCUGGGAGAAGGAGCAGGUGUUCGUCGCCGACUGGCACCUACACCUCCCCAAGGCAAAGUCCACCGGAGAGAAGUUCCCUAUGGUCUCUCCGAGGGCACCCGCCUCCGCCGAGCCCUACUACCCCGAGUUCGGCGCCGGCCCUCUGAGCUGCGUCUCAGAGCCUAAAUCGACUCCCGAGAUCGGAGCCCGCUACUGCCACCAAUUGCACGCAAUUGUCCCGGAACACCUUGCCUACAAGGUCGGGAAGCUCGCAUCCGCACGGACGCCUCUCCGCGAGCGCCUCCUCACCCGCGAGUUCUGGCACCUCCCCCUCGCCGGGGAGGACGGCGGCGCCGGCGAGGCCGCGUCCACGAACUCUGCGGGGAUCGAGAUCAAAAUCGUCCCCGCGAGGGACGGCACGACCGUGCUCGCCGAGGGCCUGACGCACCACCAGGCGGCGCUCAUCCCGCUCGGGCAGGCGCAGAAGGACAUGGCGAUCAAGUACCGCUCGCUGACCGCGAAGCGCGGUGACUUGCUUCGGCCUGCGGCGGCGCAGCAGGUGAACGCGAUCAAGUACCGGACUGCGAUCGGCCACUAG